CACAUCAUCGUUUAUGCACUUGGCACAUCAUACAAAAUGCCAUUAAAAACAUUCCACAGCUUUACCAUAAGCCGGAUUUUAGAGAUAAGUAUUUUUUUAGGCUUAUGUAUAGAUGUAAAUCGGAAGACAAAUUUGAAUCUAUUUGGAUGGAAAUGGAAGAGGAGUGGGAUACUCAGAACAACAAUUGGCUUCAGAGAUUAUACGGCCUUAGACAUAAAUGGAGUUCAGCUUUUGGUCGUGAUAUUUUUUCAUGUGGUAUAAGGUCAAGUCAAAGAAGUGAGAGCACUAACCAUGUCUUCCAGCAUUUUUCGAAGAAGACGUCAUCCCUUAUAAAAUUUGUCUACUAUUAUGAAGAGCAACUGAAGCACAUGAGAGAAAUUGAAAUUCAAGAUGAUUACAGGUCUCGUGGGAAGCUCAAAUUGCAGGUUUCGUCUAAUGAGCUCCUGGAACAUGCUGCUGCAGUCUAUACCCAUACUAUUUUUCAGAAGUUUUCUGAAGAAUUAAUGGAAUGUCUCUCUGUAGAUGUUUCAGGUACUACAUUUGAUGGAUCGGUUUAUUCAUAUAUCAUAAGGUGUCGACAUGAAUACCUUGUCAGAUUUAAUCCUGUGGAGUUAUCAAUUUCUUGUGAAUGCAAAUUAUUUGAGUCAAAAGGGUGGUUGUGUCGCCAUGCAUUGUACGUGUUGAAUCAGAAUAAAUCGAUAGUUAAGAGCAUUCCAUCUCCCUAUAUUUUGAAAAGAUGGACCAAGGGUGCCAAAGAAGGGAUUGUGAAUGAUGAAUCUUUGCCACCUAGUCCGUCUACAUUUAAUCGGUUUUGCACAUUAAUGCAAGAAUCUUUUAAGCUGAUGAGUUUGGGAGCCAAAGAUGUAAACACUAUGCAGAUAGUGAGGGAGAAUAUGCAAAUAGCGAAUGCUCAAAUUUCAUCAUACAAUUCAAGUAUGGCCGUGGCUGAUGACGCUGGUGAUGAUGGUGAUAAUGAGGCUUCUUUGUGUGAUAUCUCGAUAUUAGACCCCCAUCGAAGGAAAGGAAAGGGAAUCAGUUAUGGAAGACUAAAAAGUUCAACUGAGAAAAAGAAGAAAAAAUCUAUCAAAGGAAUGCCCCCAAUGCAAAUAGACAAUCGAGAGUUGGUUGUUCAAGCAACACGUAGUGAAACUCAUUUUCCAAAUUAUUUGAGUCAUCAAAAUCAGUUUCAAAGUAUCCUUUAUCCCAGCAACAUUGGUGGUCCUACCAUGAAUUUUCAUAAUCAGAUGCAGCAACCACCAUACAUCAUGCCAUCGGGGAUUAUGAAUGGAUUUUGCCAAUUUCCUAAUCAGAUGCAAUCAUCAUAUAUCAUGCCGUAAGCAAUUUCAAUGGAUUUUCUCCAUUCACUAC